GAGUAAACAGGAAACGGCUGAUAUCGAGACUAGGCCAGAAUACAUGACAUCACCGUCAUGGCGGAGAACACACAGCUUGCCGAGGAUCUAAUCAAUGCUAAACAAGGUGUAAAUGUUAGCGAUGGGCCUCAGACUACAGAGGGCGUCCUGGACAACAGUCGUGUAACGGGGACGGGUGAUUCGGACAAUGCCACAGAAGGAACCACCAGGAUGGAAGUAAACGCCAACGCUGAAAUCAUCGCUAACCCCGAAUUCAACGCCAACCUUGCAAUAGACAGUAAUGCAAAUGCCCCUUCAAGAACAGACAGUGAUAAAGAUGCCAUAGAACAGGAUAGUCUAGAAAAUAUAGAACCUCUUCCGGAACCCCUGGAGCUUGUCCAAGACGACGGCUCUGUUCCAAGCGAAGUCCAGGAACAACCAAAGCAACCCCAAGAGGAAAUAGAGGGUCAGCUAGAAAGUGGCCAACCAGAAGGUGGCCAGCCGGAGGAGAUGCAGAGUGAGGAAGCGGGGCUAAGUGCGGAAGAACCUGAGGCGGAUGCACCAGGAGAAGUGCAGGAAGAUGUCGGUGAGGAUGUCUCAAGGGAUCCUGAGGAAUCAGAGAUUUCUGAUGAUGAAGCAGAUGCUGCUGCUGCAGGAGAAUUUGAAGCCGAUGAAGAGGAAGGCUACCAGGAGGAGGAGACCUAUGAUGAUGAUGAUGCUGAUGAUGAAGGUGAUCUGGUAGAAGGCUAUACCGAAGAGCCACUGGAGGAACCUUUCAGUCCUGCCUUCUCGGAAUCAAAGACUUUUGACAUCAUAGACACCUCCCGGGACUUUGGAUCCGAAGAUGGAUCGGAAAGUAAAGGAACAACAGACGCUACACAUGAAGAUCUAAACACAACCAACACAUCAGACGAUAGACCACCUCGGCAACGGAAAGAACCUGUGUUAGACGCAUCCAAACUAAAGGAGCGGGAGGAGAGAAACGCUGUCAACAGACGGUCACACCUACAGCAGAAAUCAAACACUCUCAAGGACAAGAACGAGCAAAGGAGACAAGCCGUAGAGGAGCGCAGGAGGCAACAGGCAGAGACAGAAAAGGAACGCAAGGAGGCAAUACUUCAAAAAUCAAAGGAGAGGGAUGACAGUCAACACGCACCAAGAGAGAAGCGCCGAUCAUGGAGUGCCUUUGGCGCUCGGGAGAGUCCCACCCCGAUCCAGAGCGCGUCAAAGCCCCGCGGCACGAGCACGGACCGGGCCGCGCCCAAGAGCCGGACCAGCAACCUGGCCAGCUCCAAGCACCUAUCCAGCUCCGUCUCCAACCUUUACCCGAGGUCAGUCAAGCUGGUCCGGCUGGGGCCCAACCAGGACGACUGGUUCCAGAUGUAUGUGCCGGAGAAAAGUAAGAAGAAGCCCGGCUCGUCCGUGGGUGCGGUCACGCCACCUCCGGCGAGUGGGGCGGGGCCUGCGGAUGCUCGUUCGCCUGUUGGUGCAUUACGCUCAUCACCCAGCCAUUACCGGUCUACCCCAAACCUUGCAUCAUCUUACAAACGACCGAGACCAAAAGCAUUUACUCCACGGGACACUAAAUCUUCACACUCAACUCCUACCCACGGGCCACGCCCUUCGGCAGCAGCUGUCACAGAGAGACUAUCGAGGCCCAAGUCGGGAAUGAAAUCACCCUCAUCUAGUACCACUAAUCUAUCAACUCCAUCUCCCAGCUCAUCAUCAAAGAGGGCACCGUCACCCCGCACCGUCGGCAGACCACAGUCACCCCGGCAGAGAACGCCCCUCUCUGCCCGAUCGUCCAACGCUUCAAAUGCUUCAGCGGACAGCCAGGCGAGCGGUGGCUCCACCACGCCCAAAAGACCGCCCUCUCCGAGGAAUACGACGAGGGAUAAGUCUUCGGACUCACAUUCGAGCGGUAAGACGCCAAGUAACAAGUCUACCAGCAGCAACCCUCCACCCAUCAAGAAAGCCCUGACCCCAUCGGCAGGGGUUGUCAAACCCACCCCUACCAAGCCAGGCCAGACAGCCAAAUCCAAAUCCAGUACUCCAGCCAAGAAAGAGUCGCCCACGACGCCCACGCCGCAGGACAAACCCAAGGCCGCGCCCGCCGACAAACCCAAGGCCCCGCCCGCCGACAAGACUAAGGCGACACCGGCAGAGAAACCGAAGCCUGCACCGGCCGCCGCCAAGGCACCAGCAGCGCCGGCGGCAGCGAAGCCAAAAGCCAGUGAGGCUAAACAGAAUGGCAGUGACAAUGGAGACAAGUCGGAACUUUCAGCAGAGGACAGAGCAAAGCAAGCCUUGGCUGAGCGGAGGAGACAGGCCAGGGAGAAGGCCGAGAAGGAGGCAGAGCUAGAGAAACAGAGACAAGAACAGUUGAAGAUUGAGGAGGAAGAGAUGAAAAAGAAGGCAGAAGAGGAGAGGUUAAAGGCCGAGCAGGAAGCGGUCAAGCUAGCGGAGGAGCUAAGACUGGCCGACAUCGAGCGUCAGAGGCAGGAGGAGGAAGAUAGAAUGAGAGAGAUGGUAGAGGAAGAACAGAGACUGGAGGAAGAGGAGAAGAUGAGGGAAGAAGAGGAGAGGAUGAAGCAAGAAGAGAUGGCUAAGAAGGAAGAGGAAAGGAAAAAGCAAGAAGAGGAGCUGGCUGCCAAACACAAGAAGGAAGACGAGGAAAGGGACGCAAGGAGAAAGAGAGUGGAUGAGAUCAUGAAAAGAGCAAGGAAAGGAGCACAAAACAAGGAUGAUUCCUCCCAGCCUGGCUCCCCUGACAGCGAGAAGAGCAACGACUCCCAGGGAAAGACCAACGGAGUCAACUCGUCUGCCAUGCUCCUCAACGACAAAUACCGCAAUCUCCUGUCCGGCAACCGAAACAUCGGUAGCAACCCCGCAUCAGGUGACGAGGAUAGCGCAGAUGAUCUGAUCGAUCAGGUGGAGGGAGGUCGCAAGGGGUCAGAUGCGGCCGCGAUCUCGGACGCGCAGAGUAGCGCGGAGGACGAGACCGAUGGCGCAACUGAUGUUGAUCUCAUUGGUGGUGGUGGUGGUGGUGGUGAUGGUGGAAUUAACCUUGUAUCUCAAGAUAACACUCAUGAUGCUAAUACAGGGGGUGAUGAUGGUGAUGAUGAUGAUGCUACCGGUACCGGUGGUGGUGAUGCAGUCCAAGAAAAAGAAGAAGAAGGCUCGAGCACAGAUGGUAACGUUCUUCUAAUGGAAGAGGAGCAGAAGCCAGUCGAGCCAGUGGAAGAUGUUUCCGAUGCUGUAGAGCAGGAGGAUACUGCACCCGUCACAGAUGCAGAAUCGGGCGUCGUCAUAGCAAUUGAUGAUUUUAGCAUUGAACAAACGGUAGAAGAACCGAGUGCUGGUGUACCGGCCUUAGUGGACGAGGCCACUGUUGAUAAUGGGCCCCAACCAGAGCCCAGUAUACCAGAGAACUCGCAUGCUAGCCCUGAAACAGACUCGAUAGAGCAUGCCAAUAACGGUCAGAUGGACCAAGAAUCUAGCCUAGUUAUAGACCCCAAGGGUGGAGUAGACUCGUCCCUGCUAAUAGAGCAUCCGGCGGGCAAAACUGAAAUAGAGAUCACGAACGGGGAGGGUGGUCUGAUGGAGCACGGCAAUGGGGACUCCGGCGUCGAAGAAGGGGUCAAGGUUGGUUUCAAGUUUAGUCACAGCCCUGAGGAUUCUGGGAUUGAAGGCAACAACCAAUCAGGCGCUGUGUUGACCAGUGAGAUUUGAUAUGAUGGGUGAUAUAAUCCCAUUGAAGCCAACCGUCGCAUCUUCGGAUACGAGUAGCUUCGUCAGGUAGGGGACUCUGAUCCCGGAGGGACUCUAUCUGCCAUGACACUGCGUAGACUCCUCCCCCUUUCGGUUACCAUGGCAACUAUAUCAUCGCAAGCCUUCAUCCAGCAUGCUUUAAUAGUAUAAUGUGUGUACAUAACAUUGACAAAGAUAUUGUAUUAGCACUAUGUUAAGAAACAAUAUGGAGUGUGCAAAGAGUGUAUCGGUCGGCUGUUGAGAUGGCGUGGGGACACGUUCACAUCAAGUUCACCAAAUAACGGUCGAUAAAAACAUUGAAAGUGAUGAUGGGCCUUCAUCGGUUGACGAAAGGAGACACUAACUGCAAAAUUUGAAGAUUUCUCAAGUCGGGACGGCAGAUGAAGUUGUGUGAGGUUGGAAGUUGACAAAUAAUAGCAUACUGCUACUUGUGGUGUUAUUGUUGCAGAUUUUUUGAAAGUUGUGAGCUGUGGAGUGUUCAAAUUUCGUGCAGAUUGGUGGAGGUUCUCGAUGGUUUACCGAGUGUGAACGUGCUCGAACCAACGUAUGAUUUAAACUUCGGGAUCCGGGCAAGACACAAGUUGCUAGAGAAGUUGAUUACGUUACUAAAAAAAACACAAAACACCUAUUUUUCACAGGGAUUUUCUUUCAGCUCUGCUAGGCAAUAGAAAGCUCAGUUGAGGGAAAACAUUUUUAUUUGGUAUUCAAACCACUUCAGAUUAAUCAUUAAAAAUUCAGAGGCAUUCAUUGAUAUUAUUGUUUAUUUCAAUGAAUUAUUGCAUUAUUGGACAGGUUUGAUUUGUCAAAAUUGACUGAAAAAACAACAUCAAACCUGGAUGGUUUUAAUCCAAUAUUAAAAAUAUUGAAAUUAUAAUUGUAUGAUGGCAUUGGUAUAUUUUGUUGUGAGAUUUCUAAGCUGUCUGCCAUGCUUACAGCAUUUUAGUGCAGAUGAAGGGAGGGCGUGAAUUUGGUUGUUAUCAAAUUUAUUUUUCCAAACGUUCUGUUCCACUUUAUUUUCACUCUCUAAACUCUAGCAACAUGUGCCUUUUAAUUGUUUGGUGAAAAGAGAAUAAAGUUGAAAGAAACUUGAAGCAUUUUCUCUCCGGACUUGCUUCUUUCUUUAGCGUGUACAUAGAUAACAAACCCAGAGAGUAAACCACUGCAGUGUGAUCUGAAAAAGUAUGAUCUGAAAAUUUGUCUUUUUAUGUCACAAUUUGUAAAAUACACGAGUGUAGGCCAGAGUAGAAGCUAGCUUCAUUUACUGAUUAAGUGCCAUGAGAUAUAAAUCUAUUUGGAAUGCAUUUUAUUAUCUGAUGACUAUACGAUUAUAAUUUGGAUGACUACUGUGAGAUCCGAGGGAACGAAUUACGAAUAUCUCUCUAUGCGGUCAUGGCUAUAUACAAUAAAGGGGAUAUUGCGAGUCCCCGAUGAUUCAACUUAUGAAAUAUGAGUAUAAAAGCAAUGAUGUUUCAUUGUAUGAUGUGUUGACAAUGUUGAUUGCGUGCAGUUUUAUCCAUGCGUUUGCUGCAGUUACGCUUUGUGUGACCCAUCCGUUUCUCUAGUGUUGUUUGAAAGAAGUAUGAUAAAAAAUACCAAGUCUAUAAUACACAUGUAACUAAUUUUUCUGAGUGUAUAUCUUAUGAAUAGUCCUCAUUCCAUAGAAACUAACCGGUAUAAUUAGAUUUCUUGAAUAUUUAAGAAAGUAUUGUAGGUGAAAUAAGUUUAAUUCCCAUUCUCAAUGUAUAACUGCACUGUAGAUAUGUACUUUUUUUUAUAAUGGGUAUUAGAUUGGUAUACAACUAACGUGUAGGCGGUGGAGUAGGGGGUUUAAAUGUUAGGUGAGAAAUUAAUAGUUCGGAAUCCACCUCUUUGAGAAGGGUGAUGGGUUCUAAAUUUUGUCCAGUUUUCCCAAGCUGCAAUGAAGAGUUCUAUAUUUACAGGAUCGUAGUUUCUCCUUUACUUAUUGGAGUUAGCCUCGAUAGAAAACAUGAUUCCUGUGAAAGUGAAUAAUAGGUAUGUACUGUGCUGAAACUAAGUAUUCAAUGUGCAAUUAUGUGGAAGUGAUAGAUUCUGCACGGAAAGAUUUUUUACUGUCGGCAGUGCUUUGCGAAAUGUACUUAACACAAGUUGCAAAUUCAGAAAGAAAAUAUGGGAUUCAAAACAAAUGUGAAAAGUUCUACUUAAUAUAGAUUAGAACAGAUUCAAGUUUAAAAGUCACCGUGAUUAAUAGCUAUAGGCAUUGAGAAUUGAAUUCAAUGUUUUUAUAUAUUGUUAUUUAAAAUUUCUUGUUUAAAAAAACGUUUGUGAAGAACAAAUGGCGCAGUGCAGUUUUACUCGAGGUUUGGGUCGAUCUAAAAAACUUGCUCAAAUAAUAUAUCUAAAUUUGGUAGAAAGAAGACAUAUACAAUAUGAAGGCAUUUAGGAAGUGAGCGAUAUCUCUACUUUGUCUUUAUUUAAUGUGUGUUCCCUCAGGAUUUCCAUGGAUGUGCUAUGUAAUGAAAUAAUGAUUAUGUUUAUUAGUAUAUUUACAUAAGUCAUCUAAUUCUUUCCCUUGUUCUGUGAGAUAAACUGGGUUAUAACGGGGUUUACUAAUAUUUGCGGGAAACUGAACUCUUGCUAGGAAUUUUCCAAAAGAAACUCAUCGUUAGGUUAGGUUUUGUGAUUUUGGUCAGUAUUAGAUAUCUUUUAUUAAUUACCUAGAUUUCUGGCUGCAGUAAUUAUUACAAGAAUUAUCCAUGCAAGAAAUAGUUGUAUUAGAUGAGAAAAAGAAAAUAUAUAUAUUUACAUUGAAGGACUUAAAAUUAUACUUUUUUUCCUGACCAUUGAUUAUUUUAUUUCUGAGAUUUCCUACAAAUGUAUUUUAAGAAUGUGUCUUGUUGGUCAUUUUCCAAUACUUCUUUCUUUUUGUAUGUAUUUGCAUGUGAAUGUUUAUAUCCAAAUUAAGUUAUUUUGAGAGUUUGAAGCUAUAUUAUAUAAUGAAGAAGUGAACAGAGAAAGAGAGAGGAGUAAACUGCAUAGAACAUGAAUGUCACAAAUAUGAUAGAAUAGAAUUUUGUCAGAAUUGAAGAACUAUUGGCCAAGAUGAUGUUUUAAUGAUGUUGGUGAAUAAUUAAGAAGCGAGCUGAGUAAUUGCAGAGAAGUUUGAAUGAUGUAUCAUUACUUCAAAAGUAACAUGUUUUAUGAUAAAGCCCUGUAAUUUGAAAUGGAUCAAGGCCACAAAAGCGUUUGCAAUGAUACAUUGUUAAAGGGAUUGUCAUUAAUGUAUUUUAACAAAGAUUGUAAAGAUAUACAAUGAAUGAAUGAGUUAUCCGACAUUGAUAGUUUUGUGCUGAAAGAUAUAUCCUGCUUCGUUUACUCUCAAUUCUGACUGAGAGAGUGGUGGCAGAAAAGUUUGUCCGAUUCAAACCAUUCUACAAAGUAUUUGAUAAACUGAUGUGAAUUUGCUCAAAUGCUUUGAAUGUCGCAGCAUUUUAUAAAUGCAAUGUGUGCAGUAUACCAUGUGCGUUGUCGCAGUACCUUCCUGUACAAAAAUAAUAAAUACAGUGUACGGAAUCGGGGACAUUUUGGAAUCGUGUGGGGGAAACGUAAAGUGGUCACUUCCACGGCAUUGUCUUUGCAGUGAGUUUUGCUUUCAAGUUAAAAUUUGGUAAGAGAAAAGAAAAUCAAAGUUUUUACCCAAUCAAAAAUUACCAGGAAUUCAAAUGUAAUGUCUUUGUGUAGGAUGAAGUGCACUGUAGGCUAACUGCCCACAAGGCAUCAGAGAAGCGGCGUUUCGGCUUAUCCUGCAGAUUUUUGCGUAUACUUGUAUGAUCAUAUGAAAUAGUAGGAAUGCACAGCUUAUCUUUCGUCAAUUACAUGUAUUUAACACAAGAUAUGUAUAGGGACCCAUGUUAUUAUACCAUUUGUAAUUUAUAUACGGUACGUAAGAGACUGUGGAGUGCUGCUCCGUCUGCUAACAUCAUUUGAAAAAUACAUGGUGAGUUUGUGAACGAGAUUAACUUUAUAGUCAUGAUGUCGGGAUAACAAUGCUAGUAACCUUUUACAGUGCAACAUGUCUAUUGUUAUUAAAGAUGGAUCCAAUAUUUAAAAAACGAUGAUCUUCUGUGCAGCCUAAAUGGCAGAUAAUUGCUGUUUUAUUAUCAUUAUUACCAUUAUUGUUAAUAAAGAAUCAUACCAUGUUUCUUGUUGAAAAGAUAAAAAAUCAUUAUUAUGGAAAACUUGCAA